UUCGUUGCCGCCCUCUGAGCUGCUGCCGCCCCGGGACCUUAUCUCCGUCUCGUCUGCCUCAGCUCCGCCCGCCCUCGACACCAUGCACUCACCGGCGGGCUGCCCCGCCACCACCUCGUCGCGCGCCAUACGCCCCUCAUUCGUCCCUAUGGCCCAGCGCGGCAGCCGCGGCCGGGAGCAGAGGCUGCCCUCCUCUUCCUCGUCCGCCCCCGACGCCGAGCUCGCCAGCAUCCUCCGCGCCGAGGCCGCCGUCUCGGGCGUCUCCCGCAAGGCCACCGCCGCGGUCUCGCAGCAGCAACAGUCCACCCGCCUCUGGCCCCGCGCCGUCCUCGAGGCCCUCGACUCCGCCGUCGCCUCCUGCCACUGGGAGUCCGCCCUCGAGAUCUUCGAGCUGAUGCGGAAGCAGCGGUGGUACGAGCCGAGGACGCGGACCUACGCGAGGCUCCUGAUGAUGCUCGGCAAGUGUCGGCAGCCCGGCCCGGCCGCGGCCCUCUUCAGGGUGAUGCUCUCGGAGGAGCGGCUGGCGCCGACGGUGGACGUGUACACGGCGCUCGUCGGCGCGUACGGCUACAGCGGUAUGCUGGACGAGGCGCUGGCCACCGUCGAACUGAUGAAAGGCGCCGCGGACUGCAAGCCGGACGAGUACACGUUUUCCAUCCUCAUCAACUGCUGCUGCAAGUCGCGCCGCUUCGAUCUCAUCCCCCCGGUUCUUGAUGAGAUGUCGUACCUGGGAAUCGGAUGCAACGUUGUCAUCCACAAUGCCAUAAUUGAUGGGUAUGGUAAAGCCGGCAUGUUAGCAGAGAUGGGGACAGCGCUGUGUAACAUGCUUGAAGAUGGGGACAAUGUGCCAGACAUAUACACGAUGAACUCUAUCAUCUGGGCCUAUGGGAACCGUGGUAGGGUGGAUGACAUGGAGAAGUGGUACAGCGAGUUUCAGUUGAUGGGUGUUGAGCCAGAUUCGCGGACAUUUAACAUCAUGAUAAAGUCUUAUGGUAAGGCUAACAUGCAUGAAAAAAUGAUGAUGGUGCUGAAAUAUAUGAAGCGCCGGUUCUUCUCGCCCACUGCUGCUACAUUCAACAUAAUCAUAGAAUGUUUUGGAAGAGCUGGUGAUAUCGAGAAGAUGGAGUACUAUUUCCGUUUGAUGAAGAUUCAGGGUAUUAAACCCAAUCCGAUCACUUACUGCUCACUAGUUAAUGGGUACAGCAAAGCUGGGAUUCUUGAUAAGGUUCCUGCAAUUAUUCGACAGACCGAGAAUACUGAUGUUGUCUUAGAUACUCCAUUUUUCAAUUGCGUGAUUAAUGCAUAUGCUAAGUCUGGAGAUAUCAAAAUAAUGGAGGAAAUGCUACAGCUUAUGAAGGAAAAGAAAUGCAAGCCUGGGAAAGUAAUUUACACCACCAUGAUUCAGGCAUAUAUUGCACAUGGGAUGGAUGAAGCUGCCAAGUUGUUAGAGAUAGAAGUGGAUAGCUUUGGUAACAGGUUGCUGGGACCACUUUCGGAGGUGGAUAACAAAUAAUGGACCAAAUCAUAUUUCCUGGGGUCGGAACAGUAGGAUUUGUCUAAUCUGGUAUUGGACAAAGAACACGCGAGAACGUCCUAUGGAGAAUAUUGUUAGAAUCCAUGAAAAAACUUGAUCACAGUGGCCUAGUUAAAUCCAUCAACACCAGACCAAGCAAUUUCAGUUGGACGUCAAUGGCAAGGGAAUCUGUGUAGAUGAAGUGAAGGAGUGCCUUGAAGACAGAAGGUUCCAUGUCAUCGAUCUUCACGCACUUCAUGGUGGUCUCCUUCAUCUGACCAUAGAGCUUGGCCUUGAAGACCGGCGAUCGUGCGGCUAACACGCAUCUAUGAGCACUGAAGAGCUGGCCGCCUACACUGAACUUCACAUCCACACCUUUCCCAUCCUUCAGCAUGUUUGCAAAGUGUGCGUGCAGGUUCGACUCUGGGACAGGGACUACAACCGUGCUUACAUCUUCCGUGUGAGGCUCUUUGAUGACUGUCAAAACACACCUGAUCGUGAAGCAGUCAUCAUUGACCGACAACAGUUCUUGCAGCUUGGGCUUCUCAAUAAACUCUCUCCAGCCCCAGAGACUCAAAGUGAACUUGACCUUCGCAUCACGUGCUGGCCUACUGCAGAAACACAAGAACACGGACAUGUAGGCAGCUUUGUCCUCCUCCUUCCACCCAUCAGGGUAGAUCCUGAUCUUCCAGUCAUAGCCGCCGACCCUGAACUUGCUCGAGCUAAUGAACUUGCCGGCACCCAUACCCUCUAGCAGCGAGAACCUAAUGAUCUCGAAAUUGUGUGCCGUGCUGAGGCACUCCGUCAGGCAUCUCGACGAGCUUUCGGAUAUCGGCUUAUCUGAUGAAGCUAAGUUGCUGGCCAUGGCGUCGAAACUGGGAAGAGAUGAGACGGAAGAUGCAGACUUCGGCAGUCGGAUUGCCGCAAAAUAUACUCCCUGAACGUACAGAGUUAGAGUUUGUAUCGUCAUCUUUUUCCCCCCUCUCAAACCCAAGGAGGGACCUUCCGAAAAAAAAGGAGGGAAUUCGGGAUAGAGAAGAGAUUAUGUUUCCUAAUUAUUGUGUUGUGAGAUUAGACAUACUCCGUACAAUUUCUCUGUCGGCUUUCCCGAGUUGCGACCGAAACUGCCGGAGAUGUACCGCAGAUUUCUGCACUUGCCGAGUUUCAGAGGAGUUGGUGACAGACUGACAGUGAACCAGAAAUUUCAAUGA